GAGCCACUUUUCCGACGCCGUUUUCACGCGUAAAUCCUCGGCGCGCUCACUUCCACGGCCGCCCGGGCGUCCUCCUCGUCGCGUUUUUGCGUUUCGCUCGCGAAAGUUGUCACUUAAAAUUACUUUUUUUUUUUUUCUCCCUCCCCCUCCUCCUCCUCGGACGGUCACCCAAACAUGCAACAGUUAGCCCGUUAGCCAUAGCUGUUAGCCUUUGCUAGCCGUCGUCAAGUUGUUAAAAAAAUGUAUUUCUUUCAUGUAAAAAAGGCUUUCUUUGAAUCAUGUGAGCGUGUACUACAGUUUGGCAGUAGUUACGUGUUAGGUUAUUUUUUAUUUUUUUUCUUCUUUCGAGCGAGGUAACUUUGGGCAAGGCAGGUCGAGCUAAAGCAACGUGUCUCAUUUCCGCAUUCAUGUUUUUGUGCGAGGAGUCAGGGCCAUGUUGGAAGCAACCGAUGUCUUCGCCACCCGACGUUUGGCCUUGAUUGAAUCACAGACUUUUUUCUUUUUUUUCUUUUCUUUUUUUUAAAACCGCCCGGGGGGGUGGGAGCCAUAUCAAAGCACACCGCCUAGAUGCUGACUUGUACCCUCUGGGAUCCGGCUACGUCCCUGAAAUCGACAGUGUCCAUGACAUAUCAGUUGGCACGAAGAGAGGAUCUGACGAGCUCUUUUCUUCCUGCUUAUCCAACGGGCCCUAUAUCAUGAACUCGGCCAAUGGCAACGACAGCAAAAAAUUCAAGGGUGAUGUCCGCAGUCCCGGUGUUCCGUCACGCGUGGUUCACCUACGCAAGCUGCCCUGCGACAUAAACGAGGCUGAGGUCAUCGGGCUCGGUUUGCCUUUUGGGAAAGUCACCAAUCUGCUGAUGCUGAAAGGGAAAAACCAGGCGUUCCUGGAGUUGAACAGUGAAGAGUGUGCCCAGACCAUGGUGAGCUACUACUUGUCUGUAACCCCCGUCAUCAGGAACCACCCCAUUUACAUGCAGUACUCCACCCACAAAGAGCUGAAGACGGACAACUCCCCCAACCAAGUGCGCGCCCAGGCCGCUCUGCAGGCGGUCAACGCUCUGCACGGCGGCGGCGGGAUCACCGGGAUGGCAAUCGCGGCGGACGCGAGCAGCCUAGCUGGCGGCGGCGCUCAAAGCCCCGUUCUCAGAGUCAUAGUGGAGAACCUGUUCUACCCGGUCACUCUGGACGUACUGCACCAGAUAUUUUCCAAAUUCGGCACAGUGCUGAAGAUCAUCACGUUCACAAAGAACAACCAGUUCCAGGCUCUCAUCCAGUAUGCAGACGCCAUGAUGGCCCACAGCGCCAAAUGUCUGGACGGGCAGAACAUCUACAACGCCUGCUGCACCCUUCGAAUCAGCUUCUCCAAGCUCACCAACCUGAACGUCAAGUACAACAACGACAAGAGCAGAGACUACACUCGGCUGGAUCUGCCCACCGCUGACGCUCAGCCCACCUUGGACCACCAGGCCAUGGCGACUGCCGCGUUUGCUGCUCCAGGUAUAAUAUCCGCCUCUCCGUACGGAGGCGCUCAUGCAUUCUCACCAACCUUUGCCUUCCAGCAAGCAGGUCUUGCGAUGCCCGGCAUCCCCAGCGCCUUGGCGUCUCUGGGCGUCGGGCAUGGCAGCAUGGCGGCGGCAGCCGCCGCCGCCAGUCGCCUCAGCCUGGCCGGGCUCGCUGCCGCCGGCGGACACAACGUCCUGUUGGUCAGCAAUCUGAACCCGGAGAGCGUUACGCCACACUGCCUCUUUAUUCUUUUCGGUGUGUAUGGCGACGUGAUGAGAGUCAAGAUCCUGUUCAAUAAGAAAGAGAAUGCUCUGAUCCAGAUGGCCGAUGGCACCCAGGCUCAGCUAGCCAUUAGCCACCUGAACGGCCAGCGGCUGCAUGGCAGGGCCAUCCGCGUGACUGUGUCCAAGCACACCACGGUCCAGUUGCCGCGAGAAGGCCAGGAGGACCAGGGCCUGACCAAGGACUACAGCAACUCGCCGCUGCAUCGCUUCAAAAAGCCUGGGUCCAAGAACUACUCCAACAUCUUUCCACCUUCCGCCACGCUCCAUCUGUCCAACAUACCGCCUGCUGUGGUGGAAGAAGACCUCAAGAGGCUUUUUGCCAGCUCAGGAGCCACAGUCAAAGCCUUCAAGUUCUUUCAAAACGAUCGCAAGAUGGCCUUGAUCCAGAUGGGCUCGGUCGAGGAGGCCAUCGAGUGCCUGAUUGAGUUCCACAACCACGACCUGGGAGAGAACCACCACCUCAGAGUGUCCUUCUCCAAAUCCACCAUCUGAGUGCCUUCAGCUCCCCUCCCGAAGCUUAUUUACCGUCUAGAUUGCGCCCUAUUCUUCGGGUCGCUCUCGGUGGAAAUUACAGGUUUCACAGCUGUUUCUUUGCAGAAAGUGUCUCCCCUUAAAUGUUAGGUUUGGGUAUCAAAACAGAUUUUCUUCUUUCUUUUUUAUGAUCCCCUUUUAUAUGUAAGAAAAAUGACGUGACGCCGGGUAUGUUAAUCUGAGAAACACCUAUUUGGUUUAUUUUUGUCUGAAAAAAUGGUGCUCGGGUCUCAAAAUGGAAGGUUAGUGAUUUAGGCAAAGCUUCCUUCUAUAUGCAUGUUUUAAGCCUUUUACUUUUAAAGAGCCCAGUGUAAUAACGAAGCGAUACGUUGAUGGUAGAAGCACAAGCAAUUGGGAAUGAAAAGCAGGUCAGCCCACAUCUCAUAUCAGCUCUUUUGGUACCUAAACCUAAAAACUAGCUACGGUCUGCAGUGAAACGGCAACAAAGACACAUUGGAGCUUAAAGUCGAGGCAGCUGAUGACUGUCACUUCAAGACCAAAUUGCUUAAAAUGGCCACCGCCAUCUGUAGCAGACACACUUCAAGCAUUCCUUUAGCGACGUGUGCCUCCCCCGCACACGCACUCGUUCGGCCAUUCGGAAACUGAGGCAAACUCCCAGAUCACAGAACAACUUCUUUUUUGUCUUCUAUUGUUUGCUUCAAGGGAUCUGCACCACUAUCCGUAGUACGCCAUCCGUUCAUCUUUAUCGACUUGACAGUCUUUUGUGCCUUACUACCCCCCCCAAACCUUUCCCAGCCGCCCGCCUUAAGCGUAACUCUGGCUUCAGGGGAAAUCGCGGCUCGUUCUAUUAAAAAAAAAAAAACACAAGUGUUUACCUUCUAAAGAUUUGUGUGCAUAUAUCCCUAUAUAUGUAGAAACAGAAUGUAAGUCAAGAUAGGCGAUGCUAGGCCGUGUAGCGCUCUUAGGUGUUGUCGCAGGCUCAUUUAACCUUACAUUCAUUUAAGUGGACACCUAUACAUAUAUACGUUUCUAUAUUUCAUUUUUUUUUUUUUUUUUUUUUUUUUAUGUUUAGCAUUUAGGUCUUGUAACUGAUGGUGUAGUGGCCAGGUUGCAGUGUUCUAACACACUCCCUUGAGGCCCACACACUUCCUGGUCCAGACCUUUUUCUCUUCUUUUUUUUAUUGCCUUAGUUUACUUCUUUCUCGUCGUCAGGUGUGUUUUUAUUUUUUUGCAAUUGUUGGUGGUAGUUUCCACCCCCCCUCCCCACGCACCUGACUGCUAACAUUCAGUUUGACCACCAAACUCAGGUAAUGGUACCUGUGAGAGGACAGCGGCGAGGUGUCGUUUUUUUCCCCCCCGUUACCCUUUGGCGACUUGCCACAGUCAGGUUCUUUAGUGCACUUUGUUUUUUUUAUACACCCCAUCGCACGCAAUCCAAAAGUCUUAAAACGUCGUCACAUUCCCACAGUGCCUCCAACACUGGUUCUCCACAAGCCUUUGACCACUGUAUAGUCCCGAACCAGAUGCGUGCACACAUUCACUUGUUUUUUUUGUUUUUUUUCUGCGUACGUGUGUCGUCGUCUCUAUUUUUGUACAAGAUUAUGCAUGGUUUAACAAAUGUAGCUACAGACGGUUGUUCUUGUUGUUGAGGACCAAAGUACCUUCUACACCCUGCAGUUUUGUAGUAUUGUUUUCCGCUAGUCCACGCAAUUGAGUUUCCUCCCCCCUUCUAUUCCGCACGUUAGUAUUUCUCUUCGAUGCACGUUAGAUUUUCCCUUCUGUUCCACACACGAGUUAGUUUUCUCUUCUAUUCCACGCAUAUUAGAUUGUUUUCCCUUCUAUUCCACACGUUGUCUCCCGCCCCCCCACCUUCUAUUCCACGCAAACCGAAGGCCUCAGUUGCCUUUCUUCGGAUAUACCUUAGAUGCACAACUUGAGUAGAAAAUUGAUACUGUAUCUGGUGCACUUGCAUUCCCCUCCCCGACGUUGCAAAGCGAGAUGGCUUUAGACUGGUGUCGAUGAUCGCACCAUUGGGUUUUCUUGUUUGCGUUAAAAGCUUUUACGUUUCUCCUUUUUAUACGUGGUGUGGGGGUUGUUGUAUGACGCAGGGCUGACGGUUGUAUAUAUUCAUGUUUUUGUACCACGCAAUCGCCUGGAUUUAUGUUUCAAAACAUGUAUAUUUUGAUAAGACCAGUACAAGACCUAUUAAACAAAAAAAAAGGCUACCCCUUCAUCCGGGAGCUUUAAAAACAACUGUUUGUAACAAAGACAUUAAAACUGGUAUGAACACAA